AUGCGGCCGUGGGAAGACAAGGGAAGCGGGGAGAUGUACUUCAGGCGCCAGCCAGACACUCGGCCUCCAGGCAUGCGGGAAGGGGGCACGGCGCCGAGUCAGAACAAGCCAGGAUCGCCAUCCCCCAACUGCCGACCCUGCUUCGGCCCCCGGCCCAGGCGGGGCGAACUGGCCUUAGGGGACGCUGAAGUUACUCGGAGACAGAGGGAGGGUCCGCCAAGCGGCUGUCCAAUCGCCUUGGCAGCUCCAGUUAUUUGCAUCUAUUAUGCUAAUGAAAGACCUCCGGCUCGGCUCCCACCCGAGCGGCCCGCCCCUCCGGGGCUCUCCCCGGCCCCGCCCACAGGCUGGGCGAAGGUAGAAAUAAGGGAAACAGGCGCAACAGGUCCGGGGCUCUGUGGCAAGGGUCAGCGGCGGCCCCUCGCAGCGCCUCUGCCGCUCUCCCCCGGACCCCACGCGGCCGCUCUCUUCAGAGGAGGUCCCCAACCUCGGAGGGGCCAGGAGGGACACCGGGGGGGUGGGUUUCAUUCUGGAUUUCACCUUAUCGCCCCCGGUCCGCGGACUGAGGGUGCGUUUCCCUCGCAGCUGGGAGGGGAGAAGAAAGCGGAGGAUGGUCCAGGUCUGCGGUUCUCGGCGCUGAUCCAUCCUUGCGCUCCGGCUCCGACUCCGCCAACUAGUUGUGCAGCUAUCGGGACGAACUUUGCAGGAAUCACCCUUUUUCUUUCAAGAUUAUUGGAAGUGCUAGAGGGUGGGAGGCGAAGCCGAGACAGCCGACCCCACCACAAUGCUGGUGAAGAAGCAAGCAGGGAAAGGCGGGGGGCGGGAGCCGGGCUCAGAGGACCGGAGCCCAGCGGGGCAGCGUUGCGUCCGCCCCGUGUCGCCGUGCGCGGCCCUGGCGACCCUCCUGUCGGUGGUGGCCGUGAUGUCUUGUGUGUACCUGGGGGUGAAAACCAACGACCUCCAGGCGAGGAUCGCUGCCCUCGAGUCUGCCAAAGGAGACCCUUCCAUCCGUGUGCUGCCUGAUUGUGUGGAUCAGCUCAAAGCAGUGGUGCAAGAGAAAGUGGAGCGACUUCUGGCUCAGAAGUCCUAUGAACAUAUGGCUAAAAUAAGAAUCGCGAGAGAAGCACCUUCAGAAUGCAAUUGCCCGGCAGGU